UUUGAUAGCUUGGGAUUCGAUAGAGCCAUUUGACUCUUGUCGGACUGGGUUCGAACCGUAUUUUGAGCAUGGGUCGGGCUGGGAUUCUAACAAUCGAAUGGGAAAUGUAUAAGGAUACGAUUGCAAUUGUUAGCUUUGGUUACAUUUCAUAUCAUUUUAUUAUUCAUAUAAGUUAAUUACAUUAUUAAUAGUCCAUUGGUAUUAUUUCAUCAAGGUUUUGUUUAUUCUUACACUAAAUUGUCUUGAAUAAUGUUAACAUUACCUGCUAUAACUGGUCAAGCUUCAAAUGAACUUAAUGUCAUGGGAUGGGACGAGGGAUUUGGGGUUCAAUUUUAGUUUGUGAAUUGGUGCUGCCGUUCUCUUCUCUCUCCAACCACAAUUACAGCACUAAAAUCGGUGAUUCAGCGACACCUUUGGUCGCCUUGAGGAUAUGAAGUCGACAGAGUUGGGCUUUCUCCUUGCUUAUGCUGUUGCUUUCUAUGCCUUCAUCAUUCGUAGAUCUCUUCAACUUUCUCGCGAUCACCACACCAAACUCUUUGGUUUGCGUCCUGGGUGGUUCAUAUCUCAACGCCUCAAUGAUGUCUCGGAUGCUCAAUGGAGGAAUUUUCGUGCAAAUUUACCUAUUCUCACCAUCGUUUUCACCAUUUUUGCUCUUCUGGCCAAUGUUUCGAGGACCUUUCUUCAUUUUAAAGCAAAAGGGAUGUCUCUAAUUUGGCUCGUAAUAUCUUUGGCAUACCUCAUAUAUCUUCACGGCGCUUGCAUUGUAUUCAUCAUCUUGAUCGCUUCCCUGAAUUUUUUAGUGGUGAAGAUAUUUGCACGAACCAAGUACUUCUCUUUUGUAUUUUGGGUUUUCAACCUUUUUUUCCUUAUAUGCAACCGUGUUUAUGAAGGAUAUUCAUUCUCCAUAUUUGGUCAACAUUGGGCAUUUUUGGACAACUUUCGAGGAACCUUCCGAUGGCACAUAUGCUUCAACUUUGUUGUUUUACGCAUGAUAAGCUUCGGUUAUGAUUACCAUUGGGCACAUCAAGAUUCUCGACCUAAUUAUAAGAAACAUAUUCAACAUUGUCAUAUCUGUAAAUCAGGGAAAAUUUGCUACCAAAUUUUGCAGGAGAGAAGCGUUUCAGAUGACAAAUUUUCCUUCAAUAUAUACCUGUCUUAUUUGCUAUAUGCACCUCUUUAUCUCACUGGGCCAAUUAUAAACUUCAAAGCGUUUGCCUCACAGAUAGAUGUGCCUCAAAAUCAUUUUUCAGUCAGAAAUGUGGCUUGGUAUGGUGUUCGUUGGGUCUUCAGUCUACUCCUGAUGGAAGUAAUGACCCAUCUAUUUUAUUACAAUGCCUUUGCAAUCAGUGGUACAUGGAGACAUCUAUCUCCUCUUGAUGUGUUUAUCGUUGGAUAUGGGGUAUUAAACUUCAUGUGGCUAAAGUUCUUCCUGAUUUGGCGCUACUUUCGAUUUUGGUCACUGAUAUGUGGAAUUGAGGCCCCUGAGAACAUGCCAAGGUGCAUCAAUAACUGCCAUAAUUUGGAAAGCUUUUGGAAAAACUGGCAUGCUUCCUUCAACAAAUGGCUUGUGAGGUACAUCUAUAUUCCUCUUGGGGGAUCACAAAGGAAGCUACUCAUUGUUUGGGUCAUAUUCACAUUUGUCGCCGUAUGGCAUGAUCUAGAGUGGAAGCUUCUCUCAUGGGCAUGGUUGACAUGUUUGUUCUUUAUUCCAGAAAUGUUAUUUAAAUCAGCAGCAAAUGCAUUUCAGGCUACAAAUGCUUUUAGGAAGUUUGUUCUCCGUGAACUUCGUGCAGUUGCUGGUGCCGUUACAAUCACUUGCCUCAUGGUCGCAAACCUUGUUGGUUUUGUUAUUGGGGCAUCGGGGAUUAACUGGUUGACUUCUCGAUUUCUUGAGAAAGAGGGGUUACCUGUUCUGGCUGGAAUGUUGGUAUCAUUUUACGUGGGAACCAAGCUUAUGUUCCAUGUCCAAGAUUUCAAGGAAAGUAGGCACUGAAUUAGCUGGUCUAAUGAAGGUUCAUUUCAUUACAUAAGUCUCUUUUACUUGAUUGAUGAUUUGAGAGUCAGGUGUUUGCUAAUGAAUUUCUUCUUUCGAAGGAAAAGGCCUUGUGUUACUGGAAGAUUUUCCUGAGAAAUGCUUUUGUCCUAAUUGGCAUGAGGGAGCUAUGCUUCUUCUUCAUUAUUCUCAUAUCUUAGUUCCAUUCUAAUGUUACCAGUAGUAAUUUGUAAUUGAAUUGUUACACGAAAAAUUAGAUUUGUAUCAGUGGUAAUUCAUUUACUACUUUCAUUUGUGAUAGAUAAGUUAAAUUUUUUAGAAAUCAAAAUUUAAAAAAUAAGAAUAAAAAUAGGUUUCAGUUAUUAGUUGCCAUUAUUCCUAA